AUGAAGUAUCCUGACCAUAAAUUUUUCUAUAUCGCGGCAAACGGGGCCACAAUUGGUUCCGGUCUUUGGCUCACCGAAUGGUCUAACGACGCUCUCGACCCCAAAAAGCUAAACGAUACUAAAUUGCGUGAUUUACGGCUCGGCGCGUAUGCGGGCAUUGGUUUAACCGAAACCAUAUUCACUCUAUCAGCGCAUCUAUUGAUUAGUCUGUCGUGUAUUAAAGCGGCCAAAAAAUUGCACAAUAAAAUGCUAUUCCGUAUCCUCAGAGCGCCGAUGGCUUUCUUCGACACAACACCCGUCGGAAGAGUAUUGAAUCGUUUUUCCUUUCUGCACCUGUGGCAGCAAGCGAUACUAUUCAGAACUCCGCGGUUACCAUUGACUGUAAUUUACUAUUUGUUUCAACGGAUAUAUAUCGCGACUUCCCGUCAAUUGAAGCGAAUUGACUCGACUUCUCGUUCGCCUAUUUAUAAUCAUUUCAGCGAAACAGUGAACGGAUCCACAAGUAUUAGAGCCUUCGGUGCGAAUCAGUACUUCAUUGAGGAAUCCAAUAAUAGAGUCGAUGCCAAUCAUAUCUGCUAUUAUCCGAGUUUCACGGCUUCGCGUUGGCUGUCUAUUCGUCUCGAAUUCUUAGGCAAUUGUAUUGUAUUCUUGUCCGCAAUAUUUGCCGUCAUUUACCGCAACACUUUGAGUCCCGGAAUGGCUGGUCUGGCCAUUAGCUACUCAAUGAGUAUAACGAGUAUACUAUCGAUGUUUGUUAACAGUGUUACUAAUUUGGAGACCAAUAUCGUAUCGAUUGAGCGCAUUAUUGAAUACACAAAAACUCCGACCGAAGCUGAAUUGUUUGACGAAAACAAUAAACCCAAUCCGCAAUGGCCUGAAAGUGGAGGCAUUGUGUUCAACAAUUAUAGCACUAGAUAUCGGGAAGGCCUCGAUUUAGUGCUCAAGAAUAUAACCAUCGAUAUUAAAGCCAACGAAAAGGUGGGAAUCGUGGGCCGAACCGGUGCCGGAAAGUCGUCGCUUACUUUAGCCCUCUUUAGGCUUAUAGAACCCGUCGACGGAACCAUUUCUAUCGAUGGCAUCGAUAUUAAAAGAUUAGGUUUAUAUGACUUGAGGUCCAGAAUAACAGUUAUACCUCAAGAUCCCGCACUAUUUACCGGCACUUUACGCGUCAAUUUGGAUCCAUUUGAUCAAUACUCAGACAGCGAGAUCUGGAGAGCUAUAGAAUCGGCUCAUCUAAAGACAUUUGUGGAUACAUUGGAAAAUGGGUUAAGCCAUCAAAUAUCAGAGGGCGGAGAGAAUUUGAGUGUCGGUCAGAAACAGUUGGUUUGUUUGGCGAGAGCUCUGUUGAGGAGGAGUAAGAUUCUGGUGUUGGAUGAGGCGACCGCCGCCGUUGAUAUGGAAACGGAUGACUUGAUCCAAGAGACCAUCAGAACGGAGUUCUCUUCGUCCACAAUAGUGACAAUCGCUCACCGAUUGAAUACUAUUAUAGAUUACGACAGAGUUUUGGUUAUGGAUAAGGGAAUGGUAGCCGAGUUUGAUUCACCCAAACAUUUAAUGGCAAAAACCGAUUCAAUCUUUCAUUCGAUGGCCAAAGAAGCAAAUCUCAUCUCAAAGACUGAAUAAUUCCUAUAAAAUAAGAGUUAUUUUUAUCUAAUCUAACAUUUAAUUUAUUUUUCACAUUUUCUAUAAACUAUCAUAUAUUCAGAAUAUAAAUAAUUUUAGAUAAAACAUUAGUAAAUAAAUUAAUUUAC